GACCAAAUCGAGGCUGGUUGCGCUUUUGCCUUGGAUACGGCUAGGCCUCAGAGUGAUGGGGGGAGCGAAUGGGUCAACCUAACCCAGCACGUCGCUAUAGUCUAUGAUUGACAGGAUGUUUGACCAAUGGGAGCGCGCUGCAGCUGCACGGCUCUGAGGGGCGGGGCCUAGCGUUGGGUUGGUAGCGCCGUGUGUAUCUGUAUGGGGAGGAGAAAGCUGUGUGUGUGCAGCGACAGCAUGUGUGUAUCCGGGAAACUACAUGUGUAUUACUGUAUGCUGAGUGACUGUCCGGGCUGGAGAGCAUGUAAAUGCCGGGGAGGACAGCGCGCUGGGCUCCAUAGCUGCUCCCACCGAGCACUCUAGGGGAUACGGAGUAGUCAUAGACUUUCAUCCUGGCUUCUUUCACUUUACAUCAUCCUGUGACACAAGUCCAUUUGUGCUUGCUCUGAAUUUUUGGGGAAGGCUGUUUGCCUUCCCCACAAAAUUUGCCUUAUAAAGAAGUCAAAGAUGGCAGACCCUAUUAUGGACCUUUUUGAUGACCCAAAUCUGUUUGGCCUGGAUUCUUUAACUAGUGAUUCGUUUACCCGUGAUGGACCUGACACCAUCGAUGAAGCCCUUGGCUUGGCUAAUGUUCUGGAACCUCUAGAACAACUCACCACUGAUCAAGGUGGAGAACAACCAAUUCCAGAUGGAAGUGAGCAGAGACCAGGGCAAUCAAUCCUGCAGGAUGUUCCUGUCCAUGUGGCCCCAGUAGAGACAGUGCUUCCAUCCUUACCAGCGACUAUUCCAGAACCUAUAAACCAAGGCAAUCCUUUUAUGGGAACUUCCACAAGUGGACCAACAGCUCCUAAAAUCAUGAUCCUGAAAGCCCCACCAGGAAUGACAGUGAGUAGUUGUCCUGUGACUCAGAUCCAGACACUGGCUCCUGGCCAGACAGCUAAUGGAGGCAAGGUUACGUUUGCCAAAGUGCUCACAGGGACCCCGCUGAGACCCGGGGUAUCAAUUGUAUCUGGGAAUACAGUGUUGGCCAAAGUUCCAAAUCAAGCUAUUGGAGGACAACCCGGAGUGAGACCUGUUCGACAGCUGUUGCUACAGCCAAUGCGUACUUCAGCAGCCCCAGCUGGCACGGAUGCGAACACUGGCAUUAAACCUGGCAUUACACUGACCUCUGCUCCUCAGCAGGGGGAUGCUAAACGCAUCACACUUGUGCUACAACAACCCACUGGUUCUGGAGCAGCACAGGGCCAGCGUCACGUGGUUCUUGGUGGGCUUCCAGGGAAACUUGUUCUUCAAGGAAACCAGUUAGCUGCUCUGACCCAGGCCAAGACUACCCAGGGACAACAGGCCAAAGUUGUCACUAUUCAACUGCAGGUACAGCAGCCCGGGGCAGCGGGACAGACCACACAGAAGUACCAGAUUUUACAGCAGACUCCUGGGGGUCUGACUCUAACACCUGGAGGACAACAGGCGCAUAUUAUAAGUCAGCAAGGAGGUCAGAGACUUUCGGUACCUCUCAAGGUUCUCUUACAGCCACAGGCUGGCUCCUCUCAAGGUGCUCCCCAAAGUCUGUCCGUGGUAAAGGUACUGAACUCAAAUGAAGUAGCCAAUCUCUCAGCUAGCCAGUCAAUUGUGAAAGUUGGAGCUGGCGAAUCACGCAAACUGGAUAAUCAAAAGAAACAGGAAAAAGCAAACCGAAUAGUUGCCGAGGCCAUUGCCAGGGCUCGAGCCCGAGGAGAACAAAAUAUUCCUCGUGUCUUAAAUGAGGAUGAACUUCCAAGUGUCACCACUGACGAUGAUGAUGCAAGUCGGAAAAAACGGAAGAAAAAGAAGGGAGAACCAGGAGAUGGCACUGUCAGUGACAAGUCCAAGAAAUCAAAAUCUUCUAGUAGCUCACGGUCUAAGAGCAAGUCGAAGCCCAGUACUAUCACUCCCAUUGUUGGAAAGAAAAGAAAACGCAAUCCAUCAUCUGAUAACUCUGAUGCUGAAGGGGUGCCAUCUCAAGCUUCUCCAGCUGAGGACGAAGAUAGUGUUCAGAAAAGACGAUCAAACCGCCAGGUGAAACGUAAAAAGUACACUGAAGAUUUGGACAUAAAAAUUACGGAUGACGAAGAUGAUGAGGAAGUUGAUGUGACUGGUCCUGUCAAGAGUGAGCCUGUCCUUCUGCCUGGACCCAUCCCACUGCCUGACAAUGAAUUAGCUCCUUCCCUGCAGUUCUUUGUUGAAAACCCAAGCGAAGAAGAUGCAGCAAUUGUAGACAAGAUCCUGUCUAUGAGAGUGGUGAAAAAAGAGCUUUCUACAGGAGGUUACAUUGAUGCAGAAGAAUUUUUUGUCAAGUAUAAAAAUUAUUCUUACCUGCACUGUGAAUGGGCAACAAUUCAACAGCUGGAGAGAGACAAACGCAUCCACCAGAAGCUCAAACGUUUUAAAACUAAAAUGGCUCAGAUGCGCCAUUUCAUGCCAGAGGAUGAAGAGCCCUUUAAUCCAGACUAUGUUGAGGUUGACAGAAUUCUCGAUGAAUCCCAUAGUAUUGAUAAAGACAAUGGAGAGCCGGUUGUGUAUUAUUUGGUCAAGUGGUGUUCACUGCCUUAUGAAGACAGUACUUGGGAACUUAAGGAAGAUGUAGAUGAUGGGAAAGUUGAGGAAUUUAAACGUGUAGAAUCACGUCAGCCCAAUCUGAAGCGUGUGGCAAGACCAGCUGCCACAUCUUGGAAUAAAUUAGAUCUGACCCGGGAAUACAGAAAUGGAAACCAGCUGAGAGAAUACCAGUUAGAGGGGGUGAACUGGCUGCUAUUCAAUUGGUACAACAGGCAAAACUGUAUCCUGGCUGAUGAAAUGGGCCUGGGAAAGACAAUCCAAUCCAUCACAUUUCUGCAGGAAGUGUACAAUGUAGGGGUUCGGGGGCCUUUUCUAGUUAUUGCUCCGCUUUCUACUAUUACCAACUGGGAGAGGGAGUUUGCUAGUUGGACACAAAUGAACACAAUUGUUUACCAUGGCAGCCUGGCCAGUCGACAAAUGAUUCAGCAGUAUGAAAUGUACUGCAAAGACUCUAAGGGUCGUCUUAUCCCUGGAGCGUAUAAGUUUGAUGCAUUGAUCACAACAUUUGAAAUGGUGCUUUCUGACUGCCCUGAGCUGCGUGAAAUUGAAUGGCGCUGUGUUAUUAUCGAUGAAGCUCAUCGUCUAAAAAAUAGAAACUGCAAACUGUUAGACAGCUUGAAGCACAUGGACCUGGAGCACAAAGUCCUAUUGACUGGAACACCAUUACAGAACACUGUGGAGGAGCUUUUCAGUCUGUUACAUUUCUUGGAGCCAACUCAGUUUGCUUCCGAGGCAGAAUUUCUGAAAGACUUUGGAGAUCUGAAGACAGAGGAGCAGGUGCAAAAGUUACAAGCCAUCUUGAAGCCAAUGAUGCUAAGAAGGUUAAAGGAAGAUGUAGAAAAGAAUCUUGCUCCUAAGCAGGAAACCAUCAUAGAAGUUGAAUUAACCAAUAUCCAAAAGAAGUAUUACAGGGCUAUUCUGGAAAAGAAUUUUUCAUUUUUGACAAAAGGUGCCAGUCAGUCCAAUACACCCAAUUUGCUUAACACCAUGAUGGAACUGCGGAAAUGCUGCAACCACCCCUACCUCAUUACUGGAGCUGAAGAGAAGAUACUGUUUGACUUCAGGGAAGCAACUCCAGUAAUCCCUCUAGACUUCCACUUGCAAGCUAUGGUGCGUUCCUCUGGAAAACUGGUGCUAAUAGAUAAGCUUCUACCUAAGCUUCGAGCUGGAGGCCAUAAGGUUCUGAUCUUCUCCCAAAUGGUUCGGUGUUUGGAUAUAUUAGAAGAUUAUCUCAUCCAGCGCAGGUACCUCUAUGAAAGAAUUGAUGGUAGAGUUCGUGGAAACAUGCGCCAAGCUGCGAUUGAUCGUUUCAGUCGUCCAGAUUCUGACCGCUUUGUGUUCUUGCUGUGCACACGUGCUGGUGGACUUGGAAUUAACCUGACAGCUGCAGAUACCUGCAUUAUCUUUGACUCUGACUGGAAUCCUCAAAAUGAUCUCCAGGCACAAGCUCGUUGUCACCGAAUUGGACAGAGCAAGGCAGUUAAAAUUUACCGGCUGAUAACCCGAAACUCCUAUGAGAGAGAAAUGUUUGAUAAAGCUAGCCUAAAGUUAGGACUUGACAAAGCUGUACUCCAGUCAAUGAGUGGUCGUGAAAACCACCUUAGUGGGCCCAUACAGCAGUUUACAAAGAAAGAAAUUGAAGACCUCCUUAGAAAAGGAGCCUACGCAGCCAUCAUGGAUGAAGAUGAUGAAGGUUCUAAGUUUUGUGAGGAAGACAUAGACCAGAUUCUCUUAAGACGAACCACCACAAUUACCAUAGAAUCAGAAGGCAAAGGCUCGACUUUUUCCAAGGCAAGUUUUGUGGCUUCUGAAAACAGGACUGAUAUUUCACUUGAUGAUCCCAAUUUCUGGCAGAAAUGGGCUAAAAAGGCUGAUUUAGACUUGGAUCUCCUCAGCAGUAAGAACACAUUGGUUAUAGACACACCCCGUAUAAGGAAACAAACUCGGCAUUUCAGUAAUAAGGAUGAUGAUAUGGUAGAGUUUUCAGAUUUGGAAAGCGAUGAUGAUGACCGUCCAAGAGCUCGACGUCCAGAUCGGAAAAAUGGUUAUGGCCGGACAGACUGUUUUAGAGUGGAGAAACAUCUGCUUGUAUAUGGAUGGGGCCGUUGGCGGGACAUUUUAUCACAUGGUCGUUUUAAGCGCGGGAUGACUGAACGGGAUGUGGAAAGAAUCUGCAGAGCCAUUUUGGUUUAUUGUCUGUUACAUUACCGAGGAGAUGAAAACAUAAAAAGCUUUAUCUGGGAUCUGAUCACUCCUGCAGAAAAUGGCAAAACCAAACAGCUUCAAAAUCACUCUGGUCUUUCCAUUCCUGUCCCUCGGGGACGCAAGGGGAAAAAAAUGAAAUCACAGACCAGCUUUGACAUACAGAAAGCUGACUGGAUUCGAAAGUACAACCCUGACACCUUGUUUCAGGAUGAAGGCUAUAAGAAGCAUCUAAAGCAUCAGUGCAACAAGGUUCUGCUGCGUGUGAGAAUGUUGUAUUACCUCAGACAGGAGGUGAUUGGGAACCAAGCAUCAAAGGUGCUGGCAGGGAUAGAAGCUAGAGACAUCGAUAUAUGGGUUCCUCAGGUUGAUCAAGCAGAUGUUCCCUCACUCUGGUGGGACAGAGAGGCAGACAAAUCUCUUCUCAUUGGUGUUUUCAAACAUGGUUAUGAAAAAUACAACACCAUGCGUGCUGAUCCUGUGCUUUGUUUCUUGGAAAAGGUGGGAGGACCAGAUGAGCAGGCAAUUGCAGCAGAGCACCAUGCACAAGACUUUGCUGAAUUGCCUGAGAGUGGAGACUUUGAUAGAGAUAUUGAAGAUCCAGAAUACAAACCACUACAUGGCCAGAAAGAUCCAGAGGAUGAGAUGGACCCCUUAAUGAUGGAUGAGGAAAUAUCAGUAGUUGAUGGUGAGGAAGCAACACCUAUGCCAAGCGGGAUGUUAUGGCCACCAGGGUCUUCUCUCACUGCUCGUCUCCGUCGCCUCAUUACUGCCUACCAGCGUAGCUACAAACGUGAACAGCUGAAGAUGGAAGCUGCAGAAAGAGGUGACAAACGGAGGAAACGUUGUGAAGCCGCUUUCAAACUGAAAGAAAUUGCACGUCGAGAGAAGCAACAAAGAUGGACACGUCGUGAAGCUUGCGACUUUUUCCGUGUUCUUUCCAGCUUUGGGGUGGAAUAUGACCCUGACACUCAACUUUAUGAGUGGCAGAGGUUUCGUAGCUUGGCAAGGUUGGACAAGAAAACAGAUGAAUCCCUACUUAAAUAUUUUCAUGGUUUUGUAGCAAUGUGCCGACAAGUUUGUCGUUUGCCACCAGCUGCAGGAGAUGAGCCACCAGACCCAUCUCUCUUCAUUGAACCCAUAUCAGAGGAGCGUGCCUCACGAGCACUGUUCCGUCUAGACCUCCUGCGUAGGGUGCGAGAACAGGUCCUGUGCCAUCCUUUGCUUCCUGCACGUUUAUCUCUUUGCCGGUCAGACCCAGAACUACCAGAGUGGUGGGAGAGUGGCCGACAUGAUAAGGAACUACUUGAAGGAGCAGCUCGCUAUGGUCUGAGCCGCACUGAUCUUACACUAAUGCCAGACCCCUCAUUUUCGUUCCUAAGUUGCCGUCUCAGCUACCUCCAGUCUCGGGGUGUGGCCAGUCACUCCCGCCCAUCCACUCCCACUUCUGUUGUUCCUUCACUGCCCCCACAAGAACUUCAGCAACCUCAUAUGCUUUCACUUUCCUCGUCUGUCAGCUCUUCUCCAGCUCCAAGGAGAUCCUCCUGUUCCUCAUCCUCAUCAUCAUCCAGUUCAGAAGAUUCUUCAGAUGAGAGCAAUGAGAACAGAUUGGCCAAGUUAAAUGCAGGUCUACCACAUUCUCGUUUAUUUGAUGAAGAAAGUCGCUUGUCUCUUACUGCCUCCCCUGCUGACCUCAACACAGAGGACAGUGCUCAGACUGUUUUGGAGAAUCCACAUAGUGCCGACUGGCCAAAGGACAGAGUUUUAAUCUGUCGAAUUGAACAAGUCUGUAAUGCAGUGUUGACUGGAAUAUGGGCAUCACCGCGAAGAAUAACAGACCCACCAAGUGACAGCCCUGACAGCCUCUCCCCAACACCAGAGGAACGAAGUCCUGCCUCAUUUACACAGAUACGCUCUGUACCUGACCCAAAGGAAUUUACAGUACAAAUCAAAAGUGAAGAAGGGCUAAAAAUAAAGUUUCAGAAACACAAGCUUCUAGGUAAUGGAGCAGUGGAAUCUGUACCGCAUGUCCAUAAGAAGAAAAGUAAAAAGAAGCUGGCACAGAUGGAUCUAGAUAUGGAUGCUCGAAUACCAGUUGUAAAUCAGAGGGAUGGCACUGUGCUGCUUGGAGAGGAAGCCCCAAAACGUUGUCAGUUGCAUGAGUGGCUCCAUAGACAUCCUGACUAUAUUGUGGAUCCUCGCUUUUUAGCAUAUAUGGAAGACCGAAGGAAACGCAAAAAAAAGAGUAAGAAAUCAAAAUCUUCCUCAACAGCACUAGGUACUAUGCAGCAAUCCCACCAUCACAAUGGUAAAAAGUCUUCUCAGCCAGAGACUACAUUUGAUGCCCAACACCUUCCCACAUCUGCAAAAAAGAGGAAGAAACGUCCUCCUUCCAAGAUAAUAAUGCCACAUUCAAUACACACAGCAGGGGACUCCUCCCAUUCCUUUUCCCGGGACCCUCGACCAGAUCCCACUGCAAAUCCUCUGCGGGCUAUGUAUGGAGCAGCAGGUGGAGGAAUGCUUCACCAGUCUGGACUUGGAGGAAUGGGAUUACCCCGAUUUCAUUCUCUGCAUACAGCUUCUGCUAGCAGAAUUCAAGGACCUUCAUUUGGGGAUGAUUUACCUGGCUAUGAGCCCCCACAGCAACAUUUGUCUUUGCUUGAUGACCCUAUGAUGCCAGCGAAUUCUUCUUCUAGUGACGAUGAUUUAGACAGACCCUGAUAAGACACUUCCCAUUGUGGGAACUAUGAACUACUCAGAGAUGCAGGGCCAAAACCCUUCUUAAGAGACUUUACCAUUUUCUCAUCAGUAGCUUGGUUUUUGUGUUUUUUACUUUUUUUUUUUGUUUUUUCUUCCCUUCUUUUCAGGACUCCAGACAAAUUUCCAGCUUCUAGUCCCAGGAUCCUCCGCGGCAGGAUUCACGCUGGAUCACAAAGGACAAAUUAUUAUAUAUUUUUUUUUUAUUUAAUAUUAUUAACGCUAUUGCUGGAAGGGGCCUUGUACCACACUAGCACAGAGCAGGUUCUGGAACAUAAUGAACAGUCUUAAAGUGCAAUAAAGUACUUGGGAUCUGAGUGACAAGGUCCCUGUCUCAUUUUGGGGUUCUCCACUAUACACCCAGCCCUGAUGUGGAUCACUCCCAUAGGUCACUGUUAUGGAGAUGAGAUGAAUUAGAUGCAUUGCAGUAACAUAACUGCAACCUGUUAGGCUGCACAGGACAUAAGAAAAGCUUUGCAAAGCAGAGUUAGGUCUGUGCAAUCUAUGUAUGAGGGGAGGGGGGGGGAUGGGCACUUUCUGUUUGUGUGUACAUGCGGGACCUGACACUGAGGAGCAGAAAAUAAAUUUUGUAGGGUGCAAAGGUGAGGAGCCAGCCCUCACUUUGCCUCCUUAGACAUCAUAAGAAAUCAAUAAAUUACUUGAUUUAAUAGAAUGUGUGUGUUUUCUUGAAUGAAUACAUAUGCCAUAGUAAUAAUUUCUGACAUCACUGUAACUUAACCUGCUCUUCAUCUUUUUAGUUUUAUGUGAUGCUAAUUUUAAAUUGUAUGUAAAGUCACAUUUAGGCUAAUUUUACAUAAAGGUAACAUGAGCUUCCUGUGGCCAAAAUAUGGACACAGAAGUGCACCCCUAUUAUUAUACUUCUGUUAAAUUGGCCUUAAAGGAACCCUAUCUGCUCUAUAUUAUUGUCCGAGAUGCAGAAAACAAAUACCUGUCUCUUAUCUGGCGGCCUCGACAUUUUUAUUAAAUGUCUGCUGAGCUAUAAAGCUGAGAAAUAAACCCUAAACAUGAUCUUUUAACACUAAUAAAACACACGCGAUCAGGGCUCUGGAUCCAAAGUUAAAGGGGUAUUCCAGGCCAAAACU